CUGCGGCCAGUCGGGAGCGAAAGCGCGCGGAGCUGCAGAGUCUGGCCGAGUCCCCAGGGAGGCGUCGCACCCUCGGGGCGGCUGUCUCAGCGCAGGUGGGCGCCGCCCGCCAGACCCUCCAACCGCCACCUCUGCCUCCGCAGGGGUCCCCGAACUAGCGAUGGGGGGCGCGGCUCACGGGCCGGGACGGAAGGAUUCGGGGCCGCCCGGGGUCGGGCUCCAGCCCCAGCAGCGGAGAUUGGGGGAUGGUAUCUAUGAUACCUUCAUGAUGAUAGAUGAAACCAGAUGUCCACCCUGUUCAAAUGUGCUGUGCAACCCUUCUGAACCAGCCCUACCCAGAAGACUGAAUAUCACCACUGAGCAGUUAACGAGAGAUCACACCCAGCAUUUUCUGAGUGGAGGGGACAUGAAGGUGGAACAACUGUUCCAGGAAUUCGGCAACAGAAGGUCUAAUACUCUUCAAUCAGACAGCACCAAGGACUCUGAAGAAUGCUCUCCCACUGGGUCCCAGAGGAGGAGUUCAGAUAGCCUGAACACAGGGAAAGGCAGCAGCUCCUCCAGAACCCCCAAAGUGAUGCCUCUGACCCCAGAACAAGCGCUGAAGCAGUAUAAGCACCUCCUCACUGCCUAUGAGAAGAUGGAGAUCAUCAACUACCCGGAAAUCUACUUUGUGGGUCCAAAUGCAAAAAAAAGACAGGGUGUGAUUGGUGGUCCCAAUAAUGGGGGGUACGAUGACGCAGAUGGGGCCUAUAUUCAUGUACCUCGAGACCAUCUAGCUUAUCGGUACGAGGUGCUGAAAAUCAUUGGCAAGGGGAGCUUUGGGCAGGUGGCCCGGGUCUAUGAUCACAAGCUCCGCCAGUACGUGGCCCUGAAAAUGGUGCGCAAUGAAAAGCGCUUCCAUCGCCAAGCAGCUGAGGAGAUCCGGAUCUUGGAACACCUUAAGAAACAAGAUAAAACUGGCAGCAUGAAUGUGAUCCACAUAUUGGAGAGUUUCACAUUCCGGAACCACGUCUGCAUGGCCUUUGAGUUACUGAGCAUAGACCUUUAUGAGCUAAUUAAGAAAAACAAAUUUCAGGGCUUUAGCAUCCAGUUGGUACGCAAGUUUGCUCAGUCAAUCCUGCAGUCCUUGGAUGCCCUCCACAAAAAUAAGAUCAUUCAUUGUGACCUGAAGCCAGAAAACAUUCUCCUGAAGCACCACGGACGCAGUGCGACCAAAGUCAUUGACUUUGGAUCCAGCUGUUUCGAGUAUCAGAAGCUUUACACGUACAUCCAGUCUCGCUUCUACAGAGCUCCUGAGAUCAUCUUAGGCUGCCGCUACAGCACGCCUAUUGACAUAUGGAGUUUCGGCUGCAUCCUCGCAGAACUUCUAACAGGACAGCCUUUGUUCCCUGGGGAUGAUGAAGGAGACCAGUUGGCCUGCAUGAUGGAGCUGCUGGGGAUGCCACCACCAAAGCUUCUGGAGCAAUCCAAACGUGCCAAGUACUUUAUUAACUCCAAGGGCCUACCUCGAUACUGCUCCGUGACCACUCAGGCAGAUGGGAAGAUUGUGCUGGUGGGGGGCCGCUCCCGUAGGGGUAAGAAGCGGGGUCCCCCAGGCAGCAAAGACUGGGCAACAGCCCUGAAAGGCUGCGAUGACUAUUUGUUCAUAGAGUUCCUGAAACGAUGUCUGCAGUGGGAUCCUGCUGCACGGCUGACCCCAGCUCAGGCAUUGAGACACCCUUGGAUUAGCAAGUCUCUGCCUCGGCCCCUCAACCUCGACAAGGGGUCAGGGAAACGGGUAGUGAACCCCACACAUGCUUUGCAGGGACUGGGUUCCAAGCUGCCUCCAGUUGUGGGAAUAGCCAAUAAGCUUAAAGCUAACUUAAUGUCAGAAGCCAAUGCCAGUAUACCUCUGUGCAGUGUGUUGCCAAAACUGAUUAACUAAUGGACAGCUCGGAGAUUCCUAUGUAUGUAUUUGCAUACCUGCAAAUGGAUAAAUAUGCAAGCCAUUGGUAGAUAUGUUUUGUUAGACUAGACUUUUUUUUAACCAGACAAACAUUUUUAUAUGAUUAUAAGAGAAUUCUUCAAGGGCUAAUUACCUAACCAGCUUGUAUUGGCCAUCUGGAAUAUACAUUAAAUGACUUUUAUAGGUCAAUGCA